AUGCAAUUCCACUACGUGUCUCUGAUCGUUACUACAGCUCUUCUUCUAUCACUCGUCAAUAGUCAAGUUGCCAAUGAUACUGGAAAACAAUUACAAAAUAAAACAUGUCAUGUAUACUGGGAAUAUACCAAAGAUGCUUAUGAUGUCUAUUAUAUCGGCAAAAAAAUUGAAGGUGCACGUGCAAGCUCCUUUCAAGUAUUGAAGGAUGGUUACUCAAAGGAUUUUUCCGAUGUCUACUAUAUGGGUAAAAAACUAGCAGAUGCACGUGCAAGCUCUUUUCAACUGAUUGGCGAUGGUUAUUCGAAGGAUAUGUCUGAUGUUUACUAUGGUGACAAAAAACUAGAUGGUGUUCGGGCAAGUUCCUUUGUAUUGUUGAAAGAUGGAUAUUUCAAAGAUGCUUAUGAUGUUUAUUAUAUGCGUAAGCAAAUCGAUGGUGCACGCGCAAGUUCUUUUAAAUUCGUUGGCGAUGGUUACUGGAAGGAUGCUUAUGAUGUCUAUUAUAUGGGUAAAAGAUUAGAUGGUGUUCGAGCAGGCUCCUUUGAAUUGUUGAAAGAUGGUUAUUUCAAAGAUGCCUAUGAUGUUUAUUAUAUGCGAAACAAAAUAGAAGGCGCACGUGCAGGUUCUUUUCAAUUAAUUGGUAACGGUUAUUCUAAGGAUGCUUAUGAUGUCUAUCAUAUGGGUAAAAAGAUCAACGAUGCACGUGGAGGUUCUUUUCAAUUAAUUGAAAGUGGCUAUGCCAAAGAUUAUCGAAAUACCACCUGUGUUUAA